AUGGCAAUGGAAGACAGACAUGGGUCGAUGCUUGCGCGCAGAGUUUUAACGGACAAUGGAAUAGCGGAGGCUUUAAACGAUUCUGAGUUUGAAUUUUCGGGAGAUGAUUCAGAUGAAGAUUCGAAGUUUGUGCCGCCAGAACUUAACCAAACAGCCAAUGAUCAUCAAAUCAGUGAGUCAAGCAGUUCAGAUGAAGAGGGAAACACAUUGGUUCCUGCAGCUGCUUCCCCGGCGUUCUCUAGCAGUUCUGAUAUCGCAUCGACGUCAUCACGGCCCGCUCAAAAGGACGUGGCAGCAGUGUUUCACGUGGAUAUAGACGUGGCCGCGUUCGUGGACGUGGUCUCAGUU